UCUUUUUCGCUUUGAAAACCGUCGUUUCACUUUAAUAAUUGGUGGAGUAACCAACAAACACGGCACUUCAUGUGAUACUUGCUUUCGCCACCAGUUAGGGGAAUUCUUAUUUUUUAGGCACCUUUGCACUUGCAUAAUGAAUUGUGUGUGUUGAACUUCGUUCGUUUCCCAUUAUAUACUACACAUAAAGGUUUUAAAAUACACCAUUUCCUGCAGUAAAGCUUUUCUUCAAUAAAUCUACCAUUCAUAUAUUAUACUCCAUAUGAAGGAAAUGAAAUCUCCUUCUUCACUACCUGUCAUUUUCAUUCUAACAAUAUUAUUUUGUAUCUGCAUACUGCUAUAUUUCCUCACAUCAUUAAGCUUGCUGUGGACCAACUCUGAUUUCAGAAAUGUUUUUGUUUCGUCAUCACGUUUGUCACCUCCUCUUUCUCUUGAACAUAUAGUGUUUGGCUUAGCUUCUUCCAGAACAUCAUGGCUGAAGCAAAAGGAGUUUGUGAAGAUCUGGUGGAAACCUGAUCGAAUGCUAGGGUGUGUUUUCGUCGACGGCUUACCACUGGAACUAAAUCACACCCAUGACAGUUCUUUACUUCCCCCUGUUUGUGUUUCUCAGGACAGUUCACGGUUUCGCUACACCUAUAAACAUGGGUACCGCUCUGCCAUUCGUGUCGCACGCAUUGUAUCAGAAACUGUUAAUUUAAACCAUUCGGAUGUCCGAUGGUAUGUCUUUGGAGACGGUCACACGAUUUUCUUCCCGGAGAAUUUGGUUAGCACACUUUCUAAGUAUGAUCACGAGCUGUGGUACUACAUUGGGUCGAGCUCAGAGAUUUAUGAGCAAAAUAAGGUGAAUUCAUUUGAUAUGGCUUUUUGGGGAGCCGGAUUUGCGGUAAGCGCUCCUCUGGCUAAGGCUCUAGCUAAGGUUUUGGAUUCUUGCUUGGAGCGGUAUCAUCAUCUUUAUGGAAGUGAUGGAAGGAUUCAUGCAUGCUUAGCUGAGCUUGGAGUUGGAUUAACACCUGAACGUGGUUUUCAUCAGGUUGAUGUCCGAGGCAAUAUCUUUGGUUUAUUAGCUUCUCAUCCUUUAGCACCACUAGUAUCGCUCUCACAUUUGGAUGAAGUUGAUCCCAUAUAUCCAAACAAGUCAGUAAUUGAUGCUCUUCACCAUCUCUUUAAAUCAGCUACUAUUGAUUCUGGGAGGAUUCUACAACAGACUGUAUGCUAUGAUCGUUGGUUUUCUUGGACAAUUUCAGUUUCUUGGGGUUAUGCAAUAGAAGUUUUCAACCAACAUUUAUACUUGCAUGAUGUAUUACGUGUUCAAGAUACAUUCAGUCAAUGGAAAAAAGGAGCAGCGGGAAACUAUUUGUUUAGCACAAGGUUUAUUCAUCCUGAUAGAUGUCGAGGAUCCACAAUUUUCUUUCUUGAUGAAGUGCAUGAAAAGAGAACAAUAGCCACAAGCAAAUACAAAAUAGUAUUACCUGAGAAUUGUACUUAUGAUCCAAUGACUUCGCCUAAAAAACUAAAGGAUAUCACAAUAUUCUCAAGAUAUCUCAGCAUAAAGCAGUUACAGGCACCAAGGAGGCAGUGUUGUGAUGUCUUACCUCCUAAAGUUCUUACCAGCUUGGAGAUUUUAAUUAGAGAAUGUAGAGACGACGAACUCAUAAUGAUGCAUGCAUAGAUCUUCCAGUUGCCUCGAUGGAAACCUCUUUGAAAAUACAAGGUUGAGGGACUUUGCUUGGCUUGCCCAAAAUUGGCACUUUUAGGAACCCUCUUUUUGGCAAUUUCUCAUUUUGUUGAUAUUUUAUGUACGUACUACCAUACUUAACCAAUUUUAUAUGCCUUAUCUUCA